GUCAAAUCAGUUUCGUCUUCUUCAUUAAUAAAGCUCACAGUUUUCUGUUCUCUGUAUGUGAUCUGAUGCUGGUCGGUAAUAAACUUAACAAAACGUCGCCGUUGUUAUAGAAAUAGAAUGAGAAGAAUCACCUCGAUUUCUUCAAUAAUAAUAAAAUUAGGGUUUACGAAACCAAGAGUCCGAUUUUACUCUCAUGUUCCGUUAGGUCCAUUGACACGCUACAAGAAUUUGGUUGAUGAAGGGCAGUUAAAGCAUGAUCCUUAUCAAGAAAAAGUUGCAUUUGAAUUGGAAAAAUUGCUGGGUAGAUUGCAACAAUAUGAGAAAGAUAUGGAGGAGUAUCAUGUGAAGCUUGCAAAUUGGGAGAAAAAUAGAGAGGAUGAGAGGAUGAAGCUUUUAAUGGAAGAAGCUGAGCAGAAGCAGAAAGGAGGAGGGGAUACUAUGUGGACUUCAUUCAAAAACCAAAGGAAUAAACUUAUUGAAAGAUGGAUGUUUAGGAAAAAGCCUUUAAAUAUGGAGGCUGGAGUAGGUAGAUGGGUUUCAUAUUUAAAUAGAGAAAGGAAAUUGGACUCUGCUGUCGGUCGUCGUCCAAUAGCUCCUCCAGCCCCGAAAGGACUUUACAUAUAUGGCAAUGUUGGGAGUGGGAAGACUAUGCUGAUGGAUAUGUUUUAUGCUGCCACUGAAGGCAUUGUUAAACAUCGACGAAGAUACCACUUUCAUGAGGCUAUGCUGACUAUAAAUGAACGUAUGCAUAAGAUAUGGAAGAAUCAAGUGGAGGAACAGUCUUUUCGGCCAAGUGCAUCUAGCUGGAUUAUGAGUCUUCCAUUUGAUUCAAAAGUCAAGGAAUGGCUAGCUGCAGAAGAAAAGUAUAAGCGAGAAGUGCAGAUGAAAAACAUCCUUCCUGCUGUAGCAGAUAAGUUUCUCGUAGACCGGCAAGCAGGUCAAAAGGGGGCUAGUAUUCUUUGCUUUGAUGAGAUACAGACAGUUGAUGUAUUUGCUAUUGUGGCCUUAUCUGGAAUUCUGAGCAGAUUGUUGACUAAUGGGACAGUUAUUGUGGCCACGAGUAAUCGAGCACCAGAUGAGUUAAAUCAGGAUGGUAUGCAGAGAGAGAUCUUCCUGAAAUUUGUCUCGAAAUUGGAAGACCACUGUGAGAUUGUUCUGAUUGGAAGUGAGAUUGAUUAUCGUCGCUUUAUAGCUCAAAAAUCUAAAACCCGGGUUCACUAUUACUGGCCAUUGGAAAGUACUGCUGUGAAGGAGUUUGAGAAAAUGUGGUAUCAUGUCACAGACCAGAUUGGACAAGAAAUCACCUCUGCUGCUAUCCCAGUUAUGUUUGGAAGAAAGUUGGAGGUUCCUGAAAGCUGUAAUGGUGUCGCAAAGUUCGGAUUUGAGCAUCUAUGUGGACAGCCGCUCGGUGCAGCAGAUUAUAUUGCAGUUGCGAAAAAUUAUCACACUGUCUUCAUAUCUGAAAUACCAAUGAUGAAUAUGGAAAUCCGAGACAAGGCACGUAGAUUUAUCACCCUCAUAGAUGAGUUAUACAAUCAUCAUUGCUGCCUAUAUUGUUCUGCAGCUUCUUCCAUUGAUGAUCUAUUUCAAGGAACUGAAGAGGGUAAACUCUUUGACUUAGAAAGUUUUCAAUUUGAAACAGAAAUCGAAGGUGGAAAACUCCGCAGAGACGUUUUAGCAGAAGGAAGUGUGAGUUCUGGAGGUGCACCAACUGGCAUAGUUUCCAUGCUCUCAGGGCAAGAAGAAAUGUUUGCAUUCCGCCGAGCAGUUUCACGCUUGAUCGAAAUGCAGACGCCUUUAUACCUCGAAGGAGUUAAACUACUUCAUCCUUAUUAUCAAAGCGACCAUCAAGGGUUGUCGUCUUUACAAUCUCAAGCACUACUGUGAGCUGAACUCCAGCUCUAAUCUUAAACUUGUACCGCAAGGUAACUAUAAAUCUGUAUCCGAACUUAACAGUUCAGUUUCAGUAUCACAGGCAGAGACAGGCUCAUCAAAAGCUUGACUAAAAAUGGGGAAGAUGCGUCAUCAAAGGCUAUACAUGUUACUCUUUUUCUUCAUUUGUUUAAUCAAAGCCAAUAAUAAUUCUUACAUUAUUUAUCAUUGCAGUCAAAUUGGGCAACUCCCAAUUGAAAAAGUAAUAUUUAUUUAUUGUAAAGGAAUUGCCUUUUCUAUAGCUCAUGACGAAUCAUACAAAUUUUUUA